AUGGCCUUCACUGCCAGACGAGUUGCUCGUUCGCUGGGAGGUGUCGCAGCUUUGGGCAGUGCUGCCUUCGUUGCUCGGUCUGUGCCAGCGCAGUGUGACGACAAGGAUCCUCCGCAUCCCCCGCGAUACCCAUUCUGGAUCAAAUCAAUAUUCCAUGCCCAUGAGAUCCCAAGCGUUCGCCGGGGCUAUGAGGUGUAUCGACAGGUUUGCGCAACUUGUCACUCGAUGAAGCAGCCUUCAACUUACUGA